GUGAUAUACAGAGAGAGUGCAGUGAGUGAUACAGAGAGUGCUAUACAGAGAGAGUGCAGUGAGUGAUACAGAGAGUGAUACAGAGUGCUAUACAGAGAGAGUGGCGUGAGUGAUACAGAGUGCUAUACAGAGAGAGUGGCGUGAGUGAUACAGAGUGAGUGGAGUGAGUGAUACAGAGAGAGUGCAGUGAGUGGUACAGAGUGCUAUACAGAGAGAGUGGAGUGAGUGAUACAUUGUUACUCUCAAUCAGCAUCUGAUAGUCAUGGCUCUCUUGGGGCACUGCCUAAGGCAGGUUUGUGGGGUGGAAGUUUUGGGGGGCUGCAGGAGUGUUCACCAAUUCCCCAGGAUGGGGGCUGCAGGUCAGGCUGUGAGGGAGGAUGUGGAGGGGGGCAGGAGGGGUACACCCAGGGGGUGCCCUGCACAGGAGAUGAGGGGGGCCCCUCUGGUGAAGAGUUUGGAGGACAUGCCGGGCCCCAGCACUCUGACCAACCUGCUGGAGUUUUUCUGGAGAGAUGGCUUCAGUCGCAUCCACGAAAUCCAGCAAAAGCAUGUCUGUGAAUAUGGCCACAUAUUUAAGUCUCACUUUGGACCUCAGUUCGUGGUGUCCAUCGCUGACCGAGACAUGGUUGCCCAGAUACUACGUGCAGAGAGAGAGGCUCCUCAGAGAGCCAACAUGGAGUCGUGGGAAGAGUACAGAGACCUGAGGGGUAGAUCUACUGGACUAAUAUCUGCGGAAGGGAAGAAAUGGCUGUCUAUGAGGAGUGUUUUACGGCAGAAAAUUCUCAAGCCAAAAGAUGUUGCGAUAUUCUCUGAAGGAAUCAACGAUGUGGUCACCGACCUCAUGAAAAGGAUUUACACCCUAAGAUCCAAGGAACAAGAUGGUGAAACAGUCACCAAUGUCAACGACCUCUACUUUAAGUACUCAAUGGAAGCUGUUGCUACCAUCUUGUACGAGUGCCGUCUGGGCUGCCUUGAUGAUGACGUUCCGAAGCAGACUCUAGAAUACAUUGAAGCUUUGGAAUUAAUGUUCAGUAUGUUUAAAACCACAAUGUACGCCGGAGCCAUCCCAAAAUGGCUGAGACCCUUGAUCCCAAAACCGUGGAGAGAGUUCUGUCGAUCUUGGGACGGACUUUUCAAAUUUAGCCAGAUACAUGUGGAUCAUCGACUAAAGGAAAUUGAAUCUUCCUUGAAUUCGGGUGAAGACGUCCAGGGAGGUCUUCUAACAUCUCUCUUGCUAAGUAAAGAGCUAACUAUGGAGGAGAUCUAUGCCAACACGACAGAAAUGCUCCUGGCUGGAGUGGACACGACAUCCUUCACGCUAUCCUGGGCAACCUACCUUCUAGCUCGGAAUCCAGAGAUCCAACAGGCUGUGUACGCGGAGAUCGCCCAGAACCUUGGGAAAGACGUGACUCCUGUAGCAGAAGAUGUUCCAAAGAUGCCGCUGGUUAGGGCUGUCCUGAAGGAGACAUUAAGGUUAUUUCCCGUAUUGCCAGGAAAUGGAAGAGUCACCCAAGAUGACUUGGUUGUAGGUGGAUAUUUUAUACCCAAAGGGACCCAGCUGGCUCUCUGUCAUUACUCCACAUCAUACGAGGAAGAUUAUUUUUCUGCCGCUGAGGAGUUCCGGCCAGAGCGCUGGAUACGUCAGGGGAAGUUGGAUCGAGUAGAUAACUUUGGCUCGAUUCCAUUUGGAUACGGCAUUCGCAGUUGCAUUGGAAGGAGGGUUGCGGAGUUAGAGAUUCACCUUGCGUUAAUUCAGUUGCUUCAAAAAUUUGAGUUGAAGGUUUCACCCAAAAUACAAGCAGUUUCCCCAAAAACCCACGGUUUGCUGUGCCCAGCUGGAAAGAUCAACGUACGCUUCGUGGACCGGGAGUGAGGUCAUACUUUGACUUAACAAGCCGCGCAUUACAGCACUCCCAGUGGACCCAAAAGUCAGCUGAAGAUUUUUCGACAAUGUGUCAUUCUGAGACUUUUAGAAAUCUCUGAACUGUUGAGAUGAUGAUCAUUAACUACUUGUAGACUUUUAAAUUUGCAACAGCCUACCUUGCACUAUUACUUUUCUGAUGACGGCAGAAUGUCUGAUUUACUUACAGAGAGGGAUCUCUUCCUGAACUUGUCAAGUUUUGUUGUAGCAGACAAUGGCAGAAUGUAGAUGAAGACACCGUGAAGUUAGGACAAUGUAGGAAUCAACUUAUUACACUUUUUUUAGUUUUUAUAAAAUGUAUAUUUCUAAAAUAAAGCCUGCCCAUAACCA